AUGGCUGCCUGGAUGGGGAAAGCCCANUUCUCUUUUUUAAAAUCAGAUCUUUGGCGUUGCCAGUUCCUUUUACCUUUUGUUAGUCUAGGUUUGAUGUGCUUUGGGGCUUUGAUUGGACUUUGUGCUUGUAUCUGCCGAAGCCUGUAUCCCACCAUUGCCACAGGCAUUCUCCAUCUCCUUGCAGGUCUGUGUACACUGGGCUCAGUGAGUUGUUAUGUUGCUGGAAUUCAACUACUCCACCAGAAACUAGAGCUGCCUAAGAAUGUGUCUGGCGAAUUUGGAUGGUCCUUCUGCCUGGCUUGUGUCUCGGCUCCCUUACAGUUCAUGGCUUCUGCUCUCUUCAUCUGGGCCGCUCAUACCAACAGGAAAGAGUACACCUUAAUGAAGGCAUAUCGUGUGGCAUAAGUGGGACGCCACCUGCUUAGUGAUCGCCAUUUUUAUUAUUUUUUAAUAGUAAUAUUUUCCCUUGUUUCCCCCCACCAGUUGUUUUUAAUUUAUUUUUUUUUUUUUUGCGGAUACAUCAUUUUAUUCUGAAAAAUCUAUUUUUUUUAUUCACACAGUUGUUUUUUUAACAACAAUAAAAUUUACAUGGAUUCUUUGAGCGAUUCCAUAUUGCAGUCAAACUAAUCUAGUUUCAGAGCCUAGAAAGAAAGAAAUGAGUAGACACUUGGCACAGAUUUGUGAAAGAAAACUGAUAGUGGGAAAUUGACCCACAACAGGUUCUGCUGAUGUCUGCUAGACUUUUCAGUAAAGUAACUGUAUUCAAUUCA